UGCUCACUAGUCACAUCUAAGUUCGUCACUCUUUCUUCCACAACAAAAUCAGUUCUAGGGUUUUGAUUCAGAUAAAUCAGUCACAACUGAAACAGUUUUGAAUUUCAGUGCUUCAAGGUGACAAAUGGGUCGGAUAUUUCUGGUGGAGUUGGAGGGAAGAACUUACAAAUGCAAGUUCUGCAAAACAAAUCUUGCCCUCGCCGAGAGUGUCAUCUCCCGGGUAAUGAUUUGCGGUUUUCAUUGUCGCAGAGGAAAAGCAUACCUUUUCAGCAACGUGGUGAACGUGACAGCUGGACCUAUUGAGGAAAGGAUGAUGCUUUCAGGAAUUCAUACAGUUACAGAUAUAUUUUGUGUAUGUUGUGGACAAAUUGUUGGUUGGAAAUAUGAGACAGCACAUGAACAAUCUCAGAAGUAUAAAGAAGGGAAAUUUGUUCUUGAAAGAGGAAGGAUAAUGGAUGGUCUUGAUUCAGAAUUUUACAUUGAUACUCGUCCAAGUUCAAGUGAUGCUGAAGAAGCCUAAUAAUGUUUGUUGUUUUGACUAUAUAAUGUUUGUUGUUUUGACUACAUAGUAUAAUAUAUUAUGAUAUAUGGUAUGUAUAAUUGAGAAUAAAUGGUGUAAUAUUGAUGGAAAUAUGUUUUUGUAUGGAGGAGUUGAGGCUUAAUGUGAUAAAUAAGAUGUGUGUGUUAGUUGUUA